AUGGCCGUGCGUGGCCGGCGUACCAAGGUGCUCCCCUCCGAACUGAACAAGGUAUGCCCCGAGAGAGGAGACGACCCCCCCACACACCCCAGGAAGAUGAGCGACUUCGAGGUGGUCCCCAAUCUCCAACAGAGCAGUAGCAGCGUCUCAAAGAGCCGGCGGAAGGCACAUUUCCCCACCGGCAGCAAUGAAAAGGAAAAUCUCAUCUCGUGGAUUCCUGAAAACAUCCGGAAGAAGGAGUGCACCUACUUUGUUGAAAGCUCCCAGACAUCAGAUUCUGGGCGGAUCGUGUGCGAAUGCGGCUAUCUCAGGGAACAGCACCUGGAAGAUGCUGCCAAACCUCCCAUCUUCCUGGGGAAGGAAUGGGACCCCAGCAGGCACAUCCAGGAGAUGCCAACAGAUGCCUUCGGUGAUAUCCACUUCACGGGCCUGGGACAGAAGAUGGGGAAGUAUGUGCGUGUCUCCUCGGAUACUCCUCCACGGGUCAUCUACCACCUCAUGACACAGCACUGGGGCCUCGAUGCACCCAACCUGCUCAUCUCAGUCACUGGGGGAGCCAAAAACUUCAUCAUGAAGCCAAGGCUGAAGAACAUCUUCCGGCAAGGGCUGGUCAAAGUGGCCCAGACCACUGGGGCCUGGAUCAUCACAGGGGGGUCCCACGCUGGUGUGAUGAAACAGGUGGGAGAGGCAGUGCGAGACUUCAUCCUGAGCUGCAGCCACAAGGAGGGCGAGAUUGUCACCAUUGGCAUAGCCACCUGGGGGACCGUGUACAACCGAGAGAGCCUCAUCUGCCCCAUGGGUGGCUUUCCGGCUGAGUACAUACUGGAUGAGGAGAACCAAGGCAGCCUGUCAUGCCUGGACAGCAACCACUCCCACUUCAUCCUGGUGGAUGAUGGGACCCAUGGGAGGUAUGGGGUGGAAAUCCCCCUGAGGACCAGACUGGAGAAGUUCAUUUCGGAGCAGACCAAGGUGAAAGGAGGUGUUGCCAUCAAGAUCCCCAUCGUGUGCGUGGUGCUGGAAGGAGGCCCCGGGACACUCGAUACCAUCUACAAUGCCAUCACCAACGGGACCCCCUGUGUGAUUGUGGAAGGCUCUGGACGUGUGGCCGAUGUCAUCGCACAGGUGGCCAACCUGCCUGUGCCCAAGAUAACCAUUGGCUUGAUACAGAAGAAGCUGAGUGUGUUCUUCCACGACACCUACGAGCUCUUCACUGAGAGCAAGCUGGUGGAGUGGACCAAGAAGAUCCAAGACAUAGUGCGGAGCCGGCAGCUCCUGACCAUUUUCAGAGAGGGCAAAUAUGGCCAGCAGGACGUGGAUGUGGCCAUCCUCCAGGCCCUGUUCAAAGCAUCCCGAAACCAGGACCACUUUGGUCGUGAGAACUGGGACCACCAGCUGAAGUUAGCUGUGGCCUGGAACAGGGUGGACAUUGCUCGGAGUGAGAUCUUCACGGAUGACCACGAGUGGAAGCCCACAGAUCUCCACCCCGUGAUGGCAGCUGCCCUGAUCUCCAACAAGCCAGAGUUUGUGAAGCUGUUCCUGGAGCAGGGAGUGCGCCUCAAGGAGUUUGUCACCUGGGACACCCUUGUUUACCUCUACGACAACAUGGCACCAUCCUGCCUCUUCCACAGCAAGCUGCAGAAGGUCCUGCUGGAGGAAAGAGAGCACACAGCUGGUUCCAAAAUGCCUAGAAUCCAGCUGCACCACGUCUCCCAGGUGCUGCGGGAGCUCCUGGGCUGCUCCACGCAGCCUCUCUACCCCAAGCCCAAGCACACGGAGCGGCCCCGGCUCUCCAUCCCUGUCCCGCACAUCAAGUUGAACGUUCAGGGGUCAAGUCUCCGGUCCCUCUACAAGCGCUCCACCGGCCGAGUCGCCUUCACCAUGGAUCCGGUCCGUGACCUGCUUAUCUGGGCUCUGGUCCAGAACCGCAAGGAGCUGGCAGAAAUCAUCUGGGCCCAGAGCCAGGACUGCAUGGUGGCCGCUCUGGCCUGCAGCAAAAUCCUGAAGGAGCUCGCCAAGGAGGAGGAAGACACUGACACCACCGAUGACAUGCUGGCCCUGGCCGAGCAGUACGAGCACAAGGCCAUCGGCGUGUUCACAGAGUGCUACCGCAAGGAUGAAGAGAGAGCCCAGAAACUCCUCACCCGUGUCUCUGAGGCCUGGGGGAAGACAACCUGUCUGCAGCUGGCGUUGGAGGCCAAGAAUAUGAAUUUUGUGUCCCAUGGGGGUGUCCAGGCCUUUCUAACCAAAGUCUGGUGGGGGAAAAUGUGUGUGGACAACGGGCUUUGGCGGGUGAUUGCGUGCAUGCUGUUCUUCCCACUUCUCUGCACCAGCCUCAUCACCUUCAGGUACUUGUUGCAGCCGGGCCACGCGUGCACCAAGGCUGGCUGGGAGAAGCUGCCGUGGCACCUCCCUGGGUGGCUGAGCCCCCUUCCACCCCUGCUCCCCAGGGAGAAGAGGCUGCAGCCCAUGGGCUGCCUGACGCGCCUCCGAGCCUUCUUCACAGCACCCGUCGUCAUCUUCCACAUGAACAUCCUCUCUUACUUCACCUUCCUCCUGCUCUUCGCCUAUGUCCUGAUGGUUGACUUCCAGCCAUUGCCGUCCUGGCGGGAGUACCUCAUCUACUUCUGGCUCUUCUCCCUGGUGUGUGAGGAGACCCGCCAGCUGUUGUAUGAUCCAGAUGGGUUUGGGGUGGUGAAAAUGGCUUCCCUGUACUUCAAGGACUUCUGGAAUAAGUUGGAUAUCUGUGCCAUCCUAGUCUUUAUCACUGGGCUGACCUGCAGGCUGAUCCCGUCAACUUUAUAUCCCGGGCGCAUCAUACUGUCACUGGCUUUUAUAAUUUUCUGCCUGCGUCUGAUGCACAUUUUCACAGUCAGUAAAACGCUGGGGCCCAAGAUCAUCAUUGUGAAGCGCAUGAUGAAGGAUGUCUUCUUCUUCCUCUUCUUGCUAGCGGUGUGGGUGGUGUCCUUUGGGGUUGCCAAGCAGGCCAUCCUGAUCCACAAUGAGGAACGCAUGGAGUGGCUUUUCCGUGGCGUGGUCUACCACUCCUACCUGACCAUCUUCGGGCAGAUUCCCUCCUACAUCGACGGGGUCAACUUCAACAUCGACCAGUGCAGCCCCAAUGGGACCGACCCCUACAAGCCCAAGUGUCCUGAGACAAAUGAGGACAACAAGAAACCCAUCUUCCCAGAGUGGCUGACGGUCAUCUUACUGUGCCUGUACCUGCUCUUCACCAACAUUCUCCUCCUCAACCUCCUCAUCGCCAUGUUCAACUACACCUUCCAGCAGGUCCAGGAGCACACGGACCAGAUCUGGAAGUUCCAGCGGCACGACCUGAUCGAGGAGUACCACGGCCGCCCGCCCGCGCCUCCACCCUUCAUCCUCCUCAACCACCUGCAGAUCCUGGUUCGGCGAGGCUUGCUCCGCAGGCCGGCCACGCACCACAAACAGCUCAAAGAGAAACUGGAGAAGAAUGAAGAAGCUGCCCUCCUCUCUUGGGAGAUGUACCUGAAGGAGAACUACCUGCAGCACCAGCAGUGCCAGGAGAAGCAGAACAUGGAGCAGAAGAUCCGAGACAUUGCACAGAGGGUUGACGUACUGGCAGAGCUGCUGGACUUGGACCGGGUGAAGAGGACGGGGCUGGUGGAGCAGAGACUGGCCUCUCUAGAAGACCAGGUGCUCCAGAAUGCCCAGGCCCUGAGGUGGAUAAUGCAGGCGCUGCAGGGCAACGGCUUUGGCUCAGGGGAGGACAUGCCACCCGUGGGCUCCAGCAAACCCUCAGAGAUGAAGGAGGUUGACCUGGAGGGGAAAGCCGAGGAGAGCCAGCCCCCGUACCACGUGCUUGCCCGAAACCUCUUGUACCCAGGUUCUCACACCCUCCGCUUCCCUGUGCCGGACGAGAAGGUGCCCUGGGAGGUGGACUUCCCUCUCUAUGACCCUCCCGCCUACUCAGCCGACCACAAGGACAUGGCGGUGCAGGACCCGUUCAGCCCCUCCUUGGAGUCUCUCCUGAAGAUCAACUACAACACCAUGGACGGGCUCAUCGACCGGCAGAGCUUCCACGGCCUCUACACCGUGCAGGAUGGGCUGCCCCUGAACCCCAUGGGCAGGACAGGGCUGCGAGGCCGUGGGAGGCUGCACUGCUUUGGGCCCAACCAUGCUCUGCACCCAGUGGUGACCCGCUGGAGGAGGAAUUUGGAUGGGUCCAUCAUAAGGAAGAGCCUAAAGAAGAUGCUGGAAGUCCUAGUGGCCCAGUACCCACUGUCAGAUGUCUGGGCUCUGCCCGGGGGGUCCCUGGAGCCGGGCGAGACGCUGCCACUGAAGCUGAAGUGGAUCCUGCGCCGGGAGUUCUGGCCCCAGUUCCAGAACUUGCUGAAACAAGGCACUGAGAUACACAAGGGGUACCUUGAUGACCCCCGCAACACGGACAACGCCUGGGUCGAGACGGUCGCCGUCAGCGUGCACUUCGACAACCAGAACGAUGUGGAGAUGAAGCGGCUGAAUUCGUUCCUCCAGGGCUGCGACCCGGAGCUAUGCAUCCGCUGGCAAGUGCUGGACAAGAGGAUCCCCCUGCAUGCCAACCACAAGGAGCUCCUGCACAAGGUCUCAACCCUCCUGGGCGCCUACUACUGA